AAUUGUAUUUAAGCCUCGGUGCUACAUGAAGCUCAUUUUGAAACAAUGCAAGUUAAAAACAAUAUUUUGUAUAUAUACUGCCAUCCCUGAAUAAACCCCUGCCCCCCUCUUGCCACCCCAUAAAUAUUUUUCUAGAUCCGCCCCUGCCCACAGGAACAUAAAGUCCUCUCUGUCUUAGCUGUUAAUUCAGACCAGGAGAUUGUAAGCAGCUGAUGGCAUGGAGACUUUGAAGGAUUUUGGUUUCUUUCUUUUCUCCAGUCCUACCACUGUACUUGGAGUAGGCCUCCUUUUGAUCAUCCUUUAUUUGGUGACUGUUGGUUCUUCCUCCAGAGAAACGGGUAAAGAACCUCCAGGACCGAAGCCUCUGCCUCUGCUUGGCAACCUGCUGCAGCUUGAUCUCCAGAGACCCUACAAAACACUGUGUGAGCUUUCCAAGAAACAUGGGUCUGUGUUUACUAUUUAUCUUGGACCAAAAAGAGUGGUUGUUCUCGCCGGGUACAGGGCAGUCAGAGAGGCUCUGGUCAGCUAUGCAGACGAAUUUGGAGAAGAGAGAAAUCGCACCUAUAUUUGAUGAAAUAAUCAAAGG